GUCGUCUUUUGAUGGCGUCAUCACGGGGAUUUUCCGGAUACGUCGCACGGGGCUUCUCCAUAACCGCGUUAGCUUAAAUCCUCAAAUAUAAAAACCGUGGCUUUAUUAACAAACCAACCUCAAAGGAGUACAGGGUAAGAUAAACGAAGAGGACAGCUUUCUCACAUGGCGACGAAUGGACAAAAUAACAAAGCGUCGGUGUGAACAGCGACAAGAUUAUUUGAAAACAGAAUGUCAACAACGCGGCCUCUCGGUAUGAAACGAGUCACCGAGCUAAACUGUUCCGAUCAGCCGACGAGCAGGCUCUCUGCAGCGGGCAGCCACCGAAAACAGGAACCCCCCACUGUCGACGAGUUUACAGUCCUGGAAGACAAACAAGAGGAGCUAAAAUGUGCCAAACCCCGAGUCGAACAAGUUUUCAAGGUAGCUUUCACUAUUAUAGGUCUUCUGGACUGCACUGGACAAUCGCAUGGCAGCAAGAUAUCACGUCAGAUUUGGUUGCAACUUAAAGGAAACAGAGACGACGUGUCAAAGGCUAAAGAGUAUGUGAGGGGCUUGUGUGACCCAGAGCUGCAGGAGAUAGAGCGAUAUCCGGUGGACAUGCACUGCAUCUUCGCCGGUGCCCGAGGACUCUUUCUAGACAGGCUGCUGCGGGACACCAGCGCGGAGGUCCUGGUGCCCGAACCAGGCCGCUUGCGACUUCUGGGUCGCGCUGAGCCCGUGGUGAUGGCCCAGAGCAGAGUUCAACAGUUUGUGGCGCUGUUUCAGGAAAAGCGAAGCCUGCCUGGCGAGAGGGAGCCAGCCGUGAAACGGGCAUUCAAGUCCUUCGUUGAAGAGAGGGAUGACAAAUACACCAUGGAGCUGCUUCUGCUGCCCAGCGCCCUGAAGGAGGAGCUGCUGGGUCUGGCCCAGAGCCCCUCCAGCACACUGCCUGGCUCUUCCUUGGCUUCAGCCAGCGAGGGCCCGGCUGCCAGCCUGGCCGAGGCAGAGCAGGACCGCUCCCAGAGCAGCACGCCUGUGACGGAGCUCUCCAACCGCAUCCUGGACACCAGCUUUGAGGAGAAGGGAGCCGGGGCCGGGCCCUCGUCAGGCGAGGAUGGUAAAGCAGGGGGCGGGAUAAGCCUUGGAUCCGAGGCAGCGCACCUGAACGGCGUCCGGCCCUCCCACAAGCGGCGCUCCUCGGAGAGCGAGACCCGCGACACGAAGAGACAGUACUCCCUGGAGCGCUGCGAGGAGUCGCUGGAGAGGGAGAGGGAGCGGGAAAUGGAGCAAGAGAGGCGGGACAGGGAGAGGGCGCGGGACUGGAGGGAGAGAGAGAGCCGCCUGACCGACAGCUGCAGGUCCAAAACCCCGGCCUCGUUCUCGUCCCCGCUCUGCCCGUUGUCCUCGUCCAAAGCCAACACCAUCGCGGGCCCCCUCCUUCUGGACUGCAGCGACAGCGCGCUGGACGGAGAGACCGUCAGCCCUGAAACCAACCUCCGCUGCCUCGUCAAUUCUUCUAGAACCAUGGGCUACCAGCAGGAAGUGGUGGAGCGCGUUGUUAAGGAGACCGGGCAGACGGAAGAUACCUUCCUUGUGCUAGAGAGAAUCGUUGAGGAGACCAAGCGCUUUGAACAAGAAGGACACGGAGGCGAGCAGGGAGCACAACGGUUCUCCUCCUCAGUAGCUUCAUCCACUGUGUCCCGUGCCAAAGUCAAGGAGUGCGUUCCCAGCAAACUGUCGGCCGACACCACUGGCAAAUUCCCUGGGAGCAUUAAGCCUGCCCGCAGCAAUGGUCUCGGCCAUCGGAGGCACUGUAGCAGCGGCGGAGAAACCAAAACUCAGCAGGCCACCACGAUCAGGAGGAGCUCUACGGGGCAGGGGGGCGCCGGGAGCUGUGACGUCAUCACCAUCGACGACGACGACGACGACGGGGACCCCGUCGCCACGGACACCACAACGCCAGGGAGAGGCGCUUCCCGGCUCACCGCCAUGGAACACCUGGACUCGCAGUCGGGGUCGAGAACGGACUACCUGGCGAGAGGAGCGGGGGGAAGCACGGCCAGGGACCACCUGACCCGGGCCGGCGGGACUCAGACCCUGGGCGGCCAGGUCAAGGUGGAGACGGUGACCGCCCUGCGUAGCGUCCCUCAGCGGCUGACCGGCCCCCACGCCACCCCCUCCGCCACCCCCUCCUCCACCGCUCCCACCUCCUCAAAUGUAGGUGUUCCAAGAGGGAGUUCCGAGCGGCCGCUUCCUCUUCCGAUGGCUGCUUCCCGACAACAUCCCUUUUUUUUCUUCUGCUUUUCUUCACUUGAGUUGUAUUCUCGGACUAGCUGGUGCUCUAGGCAUCAAAGCAUUAAGCCAGAUUGUAUUAAGCCUCAAGCAUUUGACCUUUACGGCCAAUCGCCAAGUGCCGGCACGCUGCGUGUGUUGUACCUGACCGUCGGACAUGCGGGUUCCCAUGCAGCAGGGUGCAGCCCCGCCACCGCGCUGUCCUGCGAGCCAUGCCAGAUCGUCCGUUCGGUUCUGUCCCGCUCCACCAGUCCCGGCGGACGCCCCUUUAAGGAACAGGAUGCUGAUGUGCGUGCACACGUGCUGCUACCAGGGUUUUUUUGUCUGUGUUCUUUUUUUAACGAGCUUGAACGAAACUCCGAAAGCCACAAUUACAAUUGUCCUCUUAACAUGCUCAUUUUAUCUUGGGAAUCAUCGCUCAGCGUUUAUACACACGGGCUCCGUCGCUUCUUCUCGUGUCGAGGUAUCGCGCUGGCUGUGGAGGCCUUCUGGCGUCGGGGCCACCGGGAGAUCACCGUCUUUGUCCCCCAGUGGCGGCAGAAAAGGGACCGGCUUACCAUAGAGCAACACUUUCUGAAUCAGCUGGAGAACCUGAGGCUGCUCUCCUUCACCCCGUCCAGGGAGGUCUGUGGUCGGAGGAUAGCCUCCCAUGACGACAGGUUCCUGCUCCACUUGGCCGAGAAAACGGAGGGGGUAAUCGUAACCAACGACAACCUGAGGGACUUUGUCGACACGUCGGUGGCCUGGCUUCACAUCAUCAAGGAGAGGCUGCUUCCCUUCACCUUUGUGGAGGACCACUUCAUGAUACCAGACGACCCUCUUGGGAGGCAUGGUCCACACCUGGAGCUGUUCCUGCGCAAGCGGAGCACCUUUACUCCUCCACCAAGGAGACGAGCAGACGCCCAGACCCCAAACCAACAGCAACACCCCCAACAGCAGCCAGCCUACGGCCAGGACCCGCAGAACUCCUCCGCUUCGCCAUGGCCCCAGCCGGCCCACGGCAGACCCCAGCCCACCUGGCCUCAAAAGGGACCCCCGGAGUGGCACCCACCACCCCACCGCUCGCCUUCCCCUUCCACCUCCCGGGCGCCGACGCUGACGGCGCCACCGCCGCCUCCGCAGCGCUCGCAGGCGGAGACCCUGGAGCUGAAGGCCAAGCUGUACGACAUCUUCCCCGAGCAGAAGCAGCGCAUCGACCGGAUCCUAAGUGACAACCCCUACAUGAGGGACCUGAACGCCCUGUCUGGCCUGCUGCUGGGAUAGAUGGAAACACGCGCCCACAGCAACACGGCACUGUUGGGGUAUAGCGACAACAUGCUCAUUAUACGCUUAUGGCCACACCAACCGAAAUGUGUUUUCAUACCUUUUCACAGGUUCCGCUCGGGGGAGGAAGAGAGAGAGAGAGAGAAACACAGAUUAUUUUUUUCCUAUUUAAAUUAAAGAGUUUGAUCACCAAACGAGCUGCUAUUGAGAAAGUUAUUUGUUGGACUUGCUUCUCCCCCUCCACCCCUCCUAAACAUUCAGUAAUCUUAUUUGAUGAAGCUCAACAACACUUGCAUCGACUGAGCUAAAUCAUUAGCCCUUUGCACAAAUUGCACCUUUCUAAAGACCAGGGCUGUGAUCUUGAAACCGCAGGAUUUUGCUGACAUGUGGGACCAGAAGUAAUAAUUGAUUUUGGUCGAAGACAGCACAAUGGUCCUGAAAAGACAAACCUGGCAUCCAUUACAGAGGCCGGUUCCUUAUGUCCCAAGUUCAAGACUUCCCUGAGACCCUAUGGACAGUUGUCAUGCAUCUCACAAAAGAGUAUUUAUGAAUUGGUUCUUUUUCUACAAAUGGCUUCUAAAUAAUUAUGUUGAGCGUUCCUACCCUUGUUUCAUUUGUUGAAGAAUGUGAGGUAAAGUCUGCAUUUGCUUCCAGGGAUUUUGGUUUUAGAAUUGAAAUUCAGGGGAUACUGAUUUUGAAUAAUUAAUUGCUGUGAGAUUUAUUGUCAGGUUUAGCCUUUCUUUGGGUUAACUUGUCAGCUACAGAUUUAGAGUUGAAAUUCGAUUCCAAAAGGAUUUAUGCUGCCAUUAAACCAGUUCCUAUCAUCAUCCUUGCUCUGGCGGAUACAUAUUUCUAUACAAUCCAAUGCCUUUCUUUGCUGUUUUGAAUGGUUUUCUGUAAUUAUUUGAUUGCCUUGAUUUCAGUUUAAAAUAGAAAUUGUUUGAGCAUAUACAGAUAAGCUCAACUUUGGCCAAGAGAUUUGAAAUCCUUUUCUUUACCUUGAAAUUGUCUUUAUUGGCGGGGUUUUCUGUGUCUGCAAAAAAUCAAAGAAAUCUUUAAUUUUUUCAUGUAGCAAUUCGAUUCAUCCUAGGUCUAGUAAUACCUGUUAUGACUAUUGCUAAACCCCAGUGCAGGGCAUCUCCAUGCCCUUGGAUUACAGUUUGGUUUAAAGUAAAGCCUUGUCUUUACGCAAUCUCUCCAUUGCUCCAUCUGUUCUAAGGUGGCUCAACACAGGGUGUAUGUUCCUUUUUACUCAUUUAUAGAAUAAUGGGGUGGAAAGUUACAAGAUGGUUAUGGAAUCUAAAACUUAAUUGAAAUAACGAGUACAAUUAUUGGGUUUAAGUAUUUCCCUUAAACUUGGUUUGUUUUGAUCUUCAACUCCAAUAGAGAAUGUUUUCUGCACUGCCCCCCCCCCCCCACCCGGAGCUAUUGCUAAUAUGCACUGAAUUUGGUUAAUCUACUUAACGGACAUCAGGAAGUUGAUGUACUCAUUUGUCUGUUCUACUUCAUUUUUCAUGUACAUUGUUGAUUUUCUAAAAUCUUUAUUUGUUAUGGCCAAACUGCACAAAUGUUUUUCUGUAUCUGUUUAUUGAAAUACAGCAUAUUGUGACUAUCGUUCUUUUUGCCAUUUCUCGGAACAAGCAAGCUUCUUAUAGGUCCGACUACAAGUCACUGGAUUAUUUUCAGUUUGGUGUCAAGCAUCUGCUGCUACACAUGACCAUCCACUAGGGAGCGAUGUGCACCAACUAUCAAUGUUUCACCUGCGCCUUUCAACAGAUCAUCCUCGUAUAGUAUUAUUGUAUCCAGCUUUUAGUUAUCGAGCAGCAUGUCCGAUAGUGUCAACAGAAAGGGCAUGUUGUACCAGACCAGAGUUAUCCCUAAAUUCGUUUUGUGGUCUAAAUGAAGAACAAGUUAUCCAAAUACUGACCCACAGAUAUUGUUAAAAUUGUGCAGAGGAAUACUGUCUGGCCAUGUGUAGUAUAAUUAGUUCAUCCAUCAAACCGUAUUCAGUGAAUACCCAUAUUGCAGUCUUUACGUGGGGAGAUAUUUAGGGACUGCUGUUCUAAUGAUGCCCUUUUAUCCCUCUCUGGUUAUUUGUCUGCCUGGCUUCUGGGGUAAAGCUUAUAUGGUUUAUGAGCCAGGCUGCCUGAAAGUCAUUUAUAAUAUGGACGCCAAGAUUUAAAGUCGU